AAAUUGCAAAUAAAAUUGUAAAAGGCCAGAAGAUUUCAACUAUCCAUAGCCACCUAGCAAGCAUAUAUAUAAUGUCCUUUGAAGCAAACCUUUAUCGGCAAUUUGAUUUACCUCGGGAGCAAGCAUCCGAAGCAGAAAAACAAGAAGCUCAAGAGCUACCUUCAACAUCAAAACAACAAAAACAAGAAGCUCAUGAGCUACCUUCGACAUCAAAACAACGUUUGACAACACCGGAGCCUAUUGAACUAUCCCCUCGGGUAGCACACACCAGCUAUCCUCUCUCACUUCCAGGGAAACAAAGCCAGAACAGCUGCAGCAGUCAAACACUUUUCCCUGCACCAAUACUGCAAUCCAGCACGCCAGUAGCACACGGUACAGCCGCCAAUCACAUAUCCAGCAAACGCACACAGCGAGCCAAUCAACCCGCUCCCAAUACGUUCGCCUACAAUCUCGUUCAACAAAUUGUCCAAACGGUAGGUGAACUUGAAAAUACGCUGUUGGAAGAUCAGCAGAGCGAUUUCAAUUUGCGUUUGGCUUACGAACGCCAAACAGAAAAACUUAAAAAUAUGUGUCAGUCCUUGGAUAAUGAAAAAGCGCGUAAUGUACGACUGAUGGAGUUAAUUCGUGGUGUUGAGCUAUCUACUUCGACGGAAGAUGACGAACCGGAUUAUGCGCUUUCACGAUGUGGUGCUACGGAACGUUGGUCACGUACAUCAGACGUAUAUGAAUCGAUAAGCCCGCUAUUGUUGCAACAGAGAUAUGAUGAACUCUGCAAUUCAUACAAACAAUGCCGGCGCCAACUUAUAAAAAAGGAAAAGCUUCUCAAAUUAAGUCGCUGUGAAACCGAAACUGCAAAAGCGCGUUACGACAAUCUACUCGAUGAAUAUCAAAUUGAACAAAAACGUUUUGAACAUGUGUGCUUAAUGUAUCUACAAUUGCAAGCAAAGAAGAAUUUUGAGCUCCAACGCCUACGUGACGCUCUUAACAGCGCAAUCGAGUGUAUAGUGAGUGCAGAGAAACUAAUCGAUUGCUUGGAUGAAGAGACGAUUACAUUGUAUAUGAAUCGAAAUAUCGCCAACUUAUGUGACGAGAAUGAUUUUUUCAACGACCACAAGACCGACACUAUGGAAACCGACCAUAUUGCAGCAUUUAAACAAAAUUUCGAGUUAUUUAUGAAGUCUUUGCGUCUCUGCCAGAGGGCUAAAAAAGUAGCAGAAACCAAUGCAAAUCAAUGAAUGCCAUGCAUGGCCACCAUCGGAGGUGCAGUAUUGGCAAUAGGAUUCAUCAUUACAUAUUUGAGUGUAUGUGUAGUAAAUAAAUAUAUAAUUAGAUAAAUAUUUCAACAGAGAUUUUAUAGAGGAAAAAAAUAUAUAUAUUUUAUAUGAAUAUACCAACAUUUA